AUGCUGUCGCGUGUUAUACUGUGCGCAUUCGACAGCAUCGCGCCGGCAAUCACCACUCCGGCGCUAUUGUCUAAAUUCUCUUCUCCUGCUGCUAACCGCCGCGCUCGACGGCUGCGAUGUGCUAAGACCAACAGCUACGCAGCUACAGCCGAGCACUCGUAUCCGUCCAUUCUGGCAAAAAUUGACGAUUUCUCCCGCAAUGGCCUGGCGCAACGCAUAGAAAUGCCGACGGAGCUGCUUAAACGACUUACGUCCAUCGUGCGCAGUCGUACUCAUUCUCAGCUUGAGACACUGCGUCAGAAGCAUAUAGGCGACCGCCGAAAUAUGCGUCAAUUUCCACUCGAUAUGAGUAAAACGCCAGUUGGAUGGACCAUGGACCGAAGCGAGCAGAUUCCUUCUUUUAUCUACGGACCCGCUGAGACGCUUUCUUUUCUAUCCUUUGAGAUCGAGGCUACUUAUGCUUGCACGCACGCUGUCUUUUCAGAGCUGCAAAAGCGACUGCCCCACUUUAAGCCUAAGUCCAUGUUGGACUUUGGCGCAGGACCUGGUACUGCCUCCUGGGUAGCCAAGAAUUUCUUUGACCAUUCACUAAAAAAAUUUCGGGUAGUGGAACCCAGUCAGUCUAUGGUGGAUGCUGCUGAGGUCUUGCUGGAAGACUUUCCAGGCCUAAGCGUUCGGCGUAGUAUUGCGGACCUCUCGAGGGAUAUUGACGCUGGCAAUAAGUUUGACCUCAUUGUAGUGGGCUACGUGUUUUCCGACAUGACAAACGACUAUGAGCGUGUUGCGACGACAUCGGCGUUGUGGGAGCUUCUGAGUGAGGAUGGUUGUCUGGUGCUUGUUGAUCGCGGCAGUCCGUGGGGAUCACACCAUGUGCGAUCUGCGCGUCAGUUUGUGCUCGACUCGGUUGCAAGAGAUGAAAACGGAUGGAAACAGGCCCAUGUGGUAGCACCAUGCCCACAUCAAUUUGAGUGUCCUGCUGCUGGAAGCACGUGGUGUCAUUUUGUGCAGCGCUCGCCUGUUGUGCAUCGCCCUCGUGAGGUCACUACAAAGCGUUGGCACGGUCAGAAGGGCUCAAAGUUUUCAUAUUUGAUCAUGCAGAAAAAGCGCAAAAGUAGCGAGGGAAAUGCAAUCUCACAGACAAGGCACAACUUUGCGCGCAUGCUGAGAAGUCCUCUGUUCGCAACUCGCCAUGUAUAUCUUGACCUGUGCACCCCAACUGGAAACCUUGAGCGUCGCACUGUAACCAAAGGAAAAUCUCUUCGUGAAGUGUAUCGCGCGUCACGCAAAGCAAAAUGGGGAAGCUUAUGGCCUGCCGACGAGUCGAGUUAUCUAAGAAAUAAGUAG